AUGAUACCUUAUGGAAGUUUUGGCUCAACGGAUGGAGGAAACCUACUGAUAGGACGGAGCUUAUUUCUUAAGGCAUCUUCAACAUGCGGUUUACAUCAUCGUAAGAAUAUCUGUGAAAAUGCAGGAGGUGGUCACUACACAAGAUGCUUCUGGUGCGAUUCGAGGGCACCUUGGUCUGAAAACAAUUCUCUUUCUCGUCAAAUCAGCAAUGUGCUUUAUGACACUGAAGAAAAUUGGUGGCAAUCUCAGCCUGAACAAGAAAAAGCCUUUAUUCAAUUUGAUUUGGAAACAACGUUUUGGUUUACUGGUGUAACCAUUAAGUUUAGAAACUGUGGACCAAAAGCAUUUUUAAUAGAACGAUCCUCCAAUUUUGCAAGAACAUGGGGAGUUUAUCGAUACUUUGCUGAAAGUUGUGAAUUUUCAUGGCCUGGAAUUAAGUCCACGAUUUCGAAAUCUAAACUUGGAUACUUAGACACCUAUUGUCAGGAGAUAGGAAACACAAGUUCGGAUAAACAAGAGAUAAGCUACUUUUUAAGUAUACCACAACAUGCCUUUGUUACACCUCUUGGUAAAGAUAUUUUAAACUUAAUAAGCUUCACAAAUUUGAGAAUCAACUUCACAGCGUUCUCUCUUAUAAGAGAUCUCGAUCAUAAUGCAACAAAGAAAGAGGAUCAGAUGGUUUUUCAGUCAGAAAAUCCACACUAA